AUUUGCUGUAACUUCAUGCUCCGCGGUAUGUCGCCUGCUGCAGCCUUUAUCGUCGUUAUAAUGGGCGCUUGACAGCAACACAGAUCGAGAUGACAAGUUGACCAAAAUGUGACAGAUACACGAUUCCUGGGCACACCUGAAACAGGACAAGUGGAUCGAUGGAGUGAAAUCGGUGCAAAACCUUUCCCGCCAGCCCCCAGUAUUUGUUGGGAAGUGUUUGAUCGUGUCAGAUAAAUCACCGACUGAAGCACUACCUCGGGAAUCCGUGAGGGGUAAGUUAGAUUUCUCGUGCUCCAGACUAAAAAACAGGGGUCCGGAUGCAAGUUCUCAAGCUGCGGUGGAUAUUGAUCCUCAGACACACUUAGUCCUUACUGGACAUGUCCUACAUAUGAGAGGAUGUUUAACUCCACAGCCCGCCACCGACAAAGCGGGAAAUUUUCUGCAGUGGAAUGGAGAGAUAUUUGGAGGCUUACAGGUUGGUCCAAAUGAAAAUGACACAGCAUUGUUGUUAAGUAAAUUGUCAGAAAAGUCAGAUGUGGAACACAUUCUUGGAACUUUGUCCAGUGUACAAGGUCCAUGGGCAUUCAUCUACUGGCAGGAAAAAAUGAAGAAACUGUGGUUUGGAAGAGACUUCUUUGGAAGAAGGAGUUUGUGUUGGCAUCUUCCCCAAUCAUCAACAGACCCAUUCCUUCUGACAUCAGUACGCCAAAACACAGAGGAGUUGGUUGAGGUACCUUCUAUUGGGAUUUAUUCUGUGACUUUGACACAAACUGACUGUUUACACAUUACAGUGUACAGUUGGUCUGAAGCAGUCUGGCCAGGAACAAUGGACUUGGUAACAAGUGACAACCUUCACCUUGGGUUGGUGGGGGGCAUUGACGGUAACGUUCAGUUCUGUCUUCAUUCUGACCUUCACCUUGCCAAAUGUAUUCCACCUUUAAACAGAAGUCUCCCAGAUAUUGAUACCUGUAAGGUCAUGACAGAGAGUCCAAAUUCAGUGAUAAGUAACUUGCUACAGGAUGCUCAGUUCAAUUCUUGCGUCGAUCACCUCAUCGAAAUCCUGCUGCAGAGUGUCACACUGCGAGUGCUUAACCAGGUCAUAUGGGCUCAGACUAAGAGACUUGACAGUGAACUUAAUGCAUCACCCCACAACUCGACUCAGCAGACUGUAGAAACUAGUUCUGUAGCUGAUCAAAUACAACCUCAGGCACAGAGAGAUUUGUCUCAUGACCAAAAUCUGGAACAACCAGGGGAUGGAGUGAUUACAGGUCAAUCCAAAGUGGCCAUUCUCUUCUCAGGCGGCGUGGACUCAGCAGUUAUAACAGCACUUGUUGACAAGUGUCUUCCCAGCCAUGAGUCAGUGGAUCUGAUCAACGUUGCUUUUGAGAGGAAUGUUCAGCAAAAAAAUAGAAAACCCGAUGAGGAAGAGAAGUGGAAUGUACCUGAUCGACAGACAGGACUUCUGGCUCUGCAGGAACUGAACCCCGAGAGGAAGUGGAACUUUGUUAUGGUAAAUAUCAGCAUUGCUGAAUUACAAAGACAAAGAUCCGAACAUAUCCGCCAUCUUGUAUAUCCCUUGGAGACUGUGCUGGAUGACAGUAUUGGCUGUGCUGUUUGGUUUGCCGCCCGAGGGGAAGGAAUUCUGGGUAAUGGAGAUCAUGCUGGAAAGCCAUACAAAAGCAGUUCAAAGGUGAUUCUGUGUGGUAUGGGGGCUGACGAACAGUUUGCUGGCUACUCCAGACACAGGGGAAAGUUUGAAGAACUUGGCUGGCAGGGCCUCAUAGAUGAGGUGGAGAUGGAGGUUCAGAGAAUUUCUGCCAGAAACCUUGGAAGGGAUGACAGAAUUAUAACAGACCAUGGGAAGGAAGCCAGGUUUCCAUUUCUUGAUGAGAAUGUGGUGUCUUAUCUCCAAACCCUUCCAGUGCACAUCAAGGCGGACUUGCGCUAUCCCCGGGGUCUUGGGGAGAAGAUUCUACUGAGAGCCUGUGCUGUAAAGCUUGGCCUGAUCAAGUCAGCUUUGUUUCCUAAGAGAGCCAUUCAGUUUGGAUCAAGGAUAGCAAAAACUGAGAACAAUAAAGAGAAAGCCUCGGAGAAAUGUUCCCGUCUGGCCGAUCCCACAUGACUAAUCCCACAGCAGAACCCCACAUGACUAAUCCCACAGUAGAACAGACAGGGUUUAACUGUAAACUUCCUGUGCAGUGAUUGCCGAUAACCAUGGAAUGGAUUAAUUCCUACAACCGUGUUACACACAAAGAUGUUGAUAAUGGCACAAGUCCAUACAGUAGGGAAAGUUAUAAAAGGAUAUAAACUUC